CAUUUUUAGCGAAGGCUAAGCUUUAACUUAAGGCACGGAGUUGCGGCCAAAACCUAACAACCCUAAACCCCUUCUUUUACAUCUUUCUGCGCCUCUCCCUCUCAAGAUUUCAAUUCGGUCGCCCCCUCUCCUUCAUCUCAUCUGCUCUUCAUACCCUAAUUCGAUCUAUUUCUGCGCCGCAGUUUCAUCUCCUUCACUCCAUCAUCUCGUCGUCUAUCAGCUCGGAGCUGUGGAUGCUUGAUUUGCUGUAAUCAUGACAGCCCAAACAAGCAUUCUCUACAUCACCUACUCAAAUGAGCUUCUAAAUGGAGAAUCAAUCUUUGUUUCCUCAAAUUGCUAUCCAGUCAAGGCUUCACGUUUUGAACCUGCUGGCCAUUCAUUUCAUGAUGCUGCACUUAAGCUCCGUGGCUGUUUCAUGGAAGAAAACACAGAUGAUAAUGAUGAUAACCAGAAUUCACCCAAAGACAAAGAACAUGAUUACAUGCAAUCAUCAGAUUCAUACAGCAGCAAAGGCAAAAAGAAAUCUGGUGAUGGACCCAACAAGCAAGAUCAUUAUGCAUUAUUGGGUUUAGGUCACUUAAGGUAUCUAGCAACCGAAGAUCAAAUCAGAAAAAGCUACAGGGAAACUGCUUUAAAGCAUCACCCCGAUAAACAAGCUGCACUUCUUCUUGUUGAAGAAACCGAAUCUGCUAAACAAGCAAAAAAAGAUGAAAUCGAGAAUCGUUUCAAAGCAAUUCAAGAAGCAUAUGAAGUGUUAAUCGAUCCAGUAAAGAGAAGAAUAUAUGACUCAACAGAUGAGUUUGAUGAUGAAAUUCCUUCCGAUUGUGCCCCUCAAGAUUUCUUCAAGGUGUUUGGACCUGCUUUUUUGAGGAACGGAAGGUGGUCUGUUGUGCAGCCGAUCCCUUUCUUGGGAGACGAAAAUACCCCUCUUAAAGACGUUGAUUUGUUCUAUGAUUUUUGGUAUGGAUUCAAAAGCUGGAGGGAAUUCCCACAUGCGGAUGAACACGAUCUUGAUCAAGCGGAAUCACGUGAUGAGAAAAGAUGGAUGGAAAGGCAGAAUGCAAAGCUUUCAGAAAAGGCUAGAAAAGAAGAAUACGUGAGAAUACGCGCUCUUGUUGACAACGCGUAUAAACGAGACCCAAGAGUUUUAAAAAGAAAAGAAUUGAUGAAAGCCGAAAAACAAAAGAAAAAAGAAGCCAAAUUUAUGGCGAAGAAGCUACAAGAAGAGGAAGCGAUUAGAAUCGCAGAAGAGGAAAAACGUAAGAAAGAAGAAGCCGAAAAAGAAGCUGCUGAAGCCGCAUCACAGCAAAAGAAAAUCAAAGAAAAAGAAAAGAAAUUGUUGCGUAAAGAAAGAACUCGUCUUCGAACCCUUUCCAACAAUGUGGUGAGUCAGCGUUUGCUUAAUAUUACCAACGAUGACGUGGAAAAUCUCUGCAUGUCGCUCGAUAUUUUGAAAUUAAAAGACUUAUGCGACAAUCUGGAGACAAAAGAAGGGAGUUCACAAGCUGAACUUUUACAAGAGGCGAUCAGUAACACUGAUGUUUCUGAUAAAGAUUAUAUCCCAAAGAAUGUCCCGAAUGGGUCUGUGAAGGUGAAUGGAAAUGCUCCCAAAAAUAAUAGUCCCAAACCUUGGGGGAAGGAAGAGAUUGAGCUGUUGAGGAAAGGGAUUGCAAAGUAUCCGAAAGGAACUUCUAGAAGGUGGGAGGUGAUAUCUGAAUACAUUGGGACUAAUCGAAGUGUAGAUGAGAUUCUGAAAGCAACUAAAACAGUUCUUCUUCAAAAACCCGAUGCCACAAAAGCGUUUGAUUCUUUUCUUGAAAAGAGGAAACCGGGACCUGUGAUUUCUUCUCCUUUGUCAACUAAGGAGGAAAGUGAGGGGGUGUCUUUGACAAAUGGUAGUGAAAAGGCUGAUGAAGUUGUUGAAAACGGUGUUGCUAAUGGGGAGGAAGAUGUGUGGUCGAGUGUUCAAGUGACAGCAUUGAUUCAAGCUGUGAAGACAUUCCCGAAAGAAGGAAGUCAAAGGUGGGAGCGGAUUGCGGCUGCUGUUCCGGGAAAGACGGUUAAUGAUUGCAAAAAGCAGUUUACUUUGCUUAAGGAGAAAUUCAGGAACAAGAAAAAGUAGUAAUGUUUUUCAUGGUCUUCUAUCGAUUUUGACAGGUAUGGGAAAACAUAUUUAAUAGCCAGAGGUAUAAUUAAUGAUUUUUUUUACUACUAUCAAGUUGUCUUCAUGUGGCUCCUAUGUGUAUGCUAGGUGAAGCAGAAGAAUUUAUAUUUUCUUUUCUUUUUUAUCAUAUUUUUAUUGCAAGGUUGGACGGAUAUAUUUGAAGUAUGUGACCAUUUUUGUUGCUAAUGUUGAAUGCAUCAGUAGAAAUUGUUUUGGGUUUA